UCUUCCAGACGCACCGACUGUGGUUACACGCAGCAUUUCUUUCGGAGAGCAUUUUCAAAGAAUAAAUAUGGCAAGUAAAUCUUUAAAAUCGAAGACCAAGACAAAGCAUACAGAUCUACACGAUAUAAUUGAUGAGAUUGAUAGAGAUAGUGACAGUGAAUUACUACAAGAUGAGUCAGACAGUGACAAUUCUUUUGACUCGGUUUCUGAGGUUAUGUUCUUAUAUGGAGAAGAUUCUGUGUUGGAUUGUCCCAGUGAUUCUGAUUGGGAGCCCAUACUGCCAAGGUGCAAAUCCCCCACUGAAGCUGGUCCAUCCAGCCGGACCCCUGCUGUCUCCGGCACCACACCUACCCCCGCCCGGCCAUCAAGAGGUGUGAAGUCGGUGACAAAGAAGCGGAGGAAGGGAAGUGUGGAACCUGCUGGCAGUGCGGAGGAGGGUCGUUGGCACUCUGUGCUGGAGGAGGAUGUGGCCCCACCACCUCCAAUUUUCAGACCAAAGAGGCCACCAGGUCCUCAGCUAGACAUGAACUCAAAGUACAGCCCCAUACAACUUUUUCAGUUGUUUUUCACCCCACGAGUUGUUGAUUCCCUGGUGUUGAACACUAAUAGGAACGGAGCUAAGAAGCAGGAAGGCAAGAAAGAGGCAUGGAAGCCCAUUUCCAUGUCAGAUCUUUUUUGUUACUUUUCUAUGGUCAUUUACAUGGGUGUUGUGAAGCUAAAAACCCUGAAGGACUACUGGAAAUCUGCACCCCUCUAUCAACUGCCUUUCCCCACCACGGUCAUGUCGUGCAAAAGGUUUCUGACAAUUUCACGGGCACUUCAUAUCAGUGACCCAGAAGUUGAUAAGGACAAUGAGAUGAAACGAGGCACGGCGAGGUUUGAUAAGCUCUGCAAAAUUAAACCUCUCUACCUCGACAUCAUUGAGGCCUGCAAUACUUAUUUUCAGCCUGCCCAGAACCUUUCCAUAGAUGAGAGGAUGGUAGCCUCAAAGGCCAGAAAUGGCCUAAAACACUACAUGCGUAACAAACCGACUAAAUGGGGUUACAAACUGUUUGUUUUGGCCGAUUCUGCGUGUGUAUACACGUGCAAUUUUUUUGUCUAUGAAGGGAAGAACAGUUGUGCGACCGGGAAGGGACUUAGCUAUGACUCCGUUAUGCAGUUAUUAGAUUUUCAGCUGCUAGGGAAGGGCUACAAACUGUUUGUGGAUAACUUUUACACAAGCCCUACCCUGUUUGCAGACCUGAGAAAGCUGGAGAUGUGGGCCUGUGGCACCAUUCGGUCCAACAGAGUGGGCUUUCCGAAAACCAGGGUGAACGACAUGCCUAAGCAGGCUGAGCGGGGUACCAUGAGAUGGAUCCGUGAAGAUGGCCUGCUGUUUGUGAAGUGGAUGGACACCAGAGAGGUGGCGAUGUGCUCCACUAUCCACAAGUCCUUCAGUGGUGAUCACGUCGUCAGGCGUGUGAAGGACGCUACUGGGGCAUGGACCACAAAAAAUGUCCCCAUUCCAACUGCAGUAAAGGACUACAAUAAGAACAUGGGAGGAGUCGACCUGUCGGAUGCGCUGAUAGGAUACUAUAAUGUUCUCCACAAAACCAUGAAAUGGUACAAGACAUUGUUUUACCAUUUCAUUGACAUUGCUGUGGUGAAUUCCUUCAUCCUCCAAAAGGAAAUGGCCAAGAGCUGUGGACAGCCCCCCAUCUCACAGCUAGCCUUCAGAGAGCUGCUCAUCCAGGAGCUUGCUAGCUACAGCAAGACCACUGUAGCACCUUCAUUCCCCUCUACCUCUGUCCCUUCUGCUCCUUCAACCAGUGGUGUGCACAUGCUUAAAUUCCUUAUUGCAGGCAGGAAUGAGUGCAAAAGGGGCUCAGUAAGGAGGCUUCGUUGUGCUCUUUGCCACAAGAAAUCCUCUGUCGGCUGCACCACCUGUUCAGUGACCCUCUGCUUCACAGCAGAAAGAGACUGCUAUGGGCUAUGGCAUCAGCAGCACAAUAUUGUGUAGAGGGUCUUCACAUUAUUGAACAUUGAGUGUAAAUAGUUACCCAUGUUAUUUUCCUGGGUAUGUUUGAAUAUUUUUUUUGUGUUUUGUAUAUAGUUAUUUGCAUCAAUGUUUCGAUGUUCCAAUUCGGCCACUUGGGAAACUUGUGAGGGACACCUGGGUGACUUCAUGCCCAAUGGCAUGUACCUCACUCAUUCCUGAAGGUAUCUGUCUGAAACUUUGGUCAAAUACUGUAGCCUACUUAUGCUCUUAUUUGAAAUUAUCCCCAGUAUCAUAACUGAAUGUUUUUGUUUAUUUUAAAGAUGCAACAACAAUAAAA